GCCGCCUGAUAGGCGGAACUGCGUCAGGUGGUUCUGGCGGCGGCGCCCGGCAUGGCCAGGCCUAAAAGAACGUGCGGUGCGCGCACUUGCUUCACUGCUCUGCGCGGCUUCGAUAGCGCCGAACCGGCGGCUCCGCCGCUCUUCGGCCGCGGGCGGGCCCGAGCGGGGCGGGGAAUGGACGCUGCAAGCCUCACCCUGAAGCUGCUUCUGAUCGGAGACAGCGCCGUGGGGAAGUCCAGCCUCCUGCUGCGGUUCACUGACGGCGCGUUUGAGCCGAGCCUGAAACCCACCAUCGGUGUUGAUUUUAAAGUGAAGAAAAUGGUGAUAGACGGCCGUGCGGUGCAGCUUGCGAUAUGGGAUACAGCAGGCCAGGAGCGCUUUAGAACACUGACUCCCAGUUAUUACCGAGGAGCUCAAGGGGUUGUUUUAGUGUAUGAUGUUACAAGAAAAGACACAUUCACAGGACUUGACAGCUGGCUGAAUGAGCUGGAAAUAUAUACCUCCAAAAACAGCACUGUGAAGAUGUUAGUUGGCAAUAAAACCGAUAAGCCUGAUCGUGAAGUAGAGAGAAAAGAAGGACUCCAGUUUGCUAGGAAACGCUCACUGCUUUUUAUAGAGACCAGCGCCAAGACACUGGAUGGGGUGCAACAUGCCUUUGAGGAACUAGCCAUAAAGAUCCUGCAGACCCCAGGUGUUUGGGAUAGGAAUGCAGAGAAGCAGCGAAUGCAGCUAACGGGAUCCGCAGCACAGCAGGAUAAAAGCUUUUGUACUGCGUACUGUACACUCGCUUAGCUUCACAGGUGGCUGUUCUGCCUGAAUGGAGAGGAUUUUCUUGUUAAAGCAGGGUGGGAGCAGUGGUUCCAAGCACUAGUGUGUGCCUUGUUUGACCUGUCACCAGCUGAGUGGGUCUAAACCCCAAACUGAUGAGCAAAAUACUUUUUGUUCGUUAACAAAAUGCUGUUUCUCUUUCCCUUCUGCACAAGGGAGAUCUCCAGGAAUUUCUCUGGUAACUGUCAGGUUUUUCACUAUUAAGUCACAGUUCGGAAGAGUAUCGUGCUCUUGCUGUAUGGCAUUCAACAUGGACUCUUUCUGAUAUUCCUGCCUUGGCAUUAAAUAAGGUAGUAUUCCAUUUUGGAGGAUUAUUGAAAAGCUUCCCUUCCCCACAAUGGCAUGGGAGUCUUUUAGGCACCCAAGUUCCCUUAAAUGUAGUUAACAGGAGCCACCUUGAGCACUUGUUUCCCUAUUUCACAUGGAUUUAAGCGGUCAAAAUUGCUACAUGUCCCCAGAUAGUAAGUUGAGUUACUACUUAAAGUGGUAGUGAAGAGGUGUAUCUAUUAACAUUUGGCAGGAAAAAAACCCAACACAACAUCUCCUGUGCAUUGAAAAUGUAAACUGAGGUGCUUGUAAGCAAGUGCCAGAUCCAAAGAGAGUCUUUCAUUACAGGAUGUGAAGUCAGAACAGAAAAACUGCAGUUUCAAAUACAGGAAGACCACUGUAGAUGUUGACCAAGGCUCAUCCUUCAAUACUACAAACCAUAAGAAAAGGAAUAUGAAAGACUCUGUACAUUUUGGGCGUGAGCAAGGUAGGGGGAGGAGUUUCAGUUUAAGUAGUUUGACUUAGACCUUUUGGCACUACUGCCAAAGCAGGACUUGGAAUUAAAGUAAAUUUGCAUUCAGAUUGUCUUUAAAAAUCUGUUCUCAAGCUUUUUUCUCCUUGCCAGGCAUGGCUAAUGCAGCAGGGACUCAGUACAUUGGCAGGACUGGAAUCAUGUCCUCAGAACCACCAUCUGCAUGUACCCUCUUCCUAUAAUUUUAGUAUAAAUAGGAGCAUUGAAUGUGUUCUCUUCCUCCCCCUACAACUGAAGCUCAUCUUGGCUACCUGCAAUCUUUAGCAUGUAAUACAGAGCCUCUUACCAUCCUUUAUUUCAAACCUCAUUAAUGAAACAAAUGUUUCUGCCAAUAUCUUGAGUUAGUAUCUGCCUCUGUAUAUCCACACAGGUUAUCUGCAUACACUUAAAAAACAUUAACUCACACUGAAUAUUUCAGUUAACUUUUAAUAGCAAAGCUGUAUCUUAAUAUCUUUUCAGUUCUUGUAACUUCAGGUGUAGCACUGUAUGUCAUUUGCCUUGCUUCUAAAUGCAGAUUUCUACUGUUAGACUAUGUUAGAUCAUAAAACAUACAGAUUAAUUUCUUUACUGCUAGUCAUUUGGAAUAUUCUAAGAUGUUAGAAGCAACCUUGCUAUUAGUGAAUUCUGACCCUUAAACAGUAUCUUACCUGGUGUUCUUUAAAUUUAAUCUGUAUCCUCUAAACAUGUUUUUCUUGCCCACUAUAAAAGAUGCUUGUAAUCUGCAAUACAGAUCUACAGUGAGCUCAACGUGCCCAUUUCAUAGUUUCAUAAAACCACUUAGUUUGAAAUGCUGCUAUUUAAAUAAAACAUUAUCCUCAGUUUUUCAUAGGAUGAAAGUAUGUUUGUCACAAAAUGUACUUGGCAGUGAGUCUCUCUUGUAAGCCACAUUACACGGCUGGAGAGAGUUAAUAGCGGAGUUGAUGGGUCACCUUCAUGUGAAGGAGUCCUUGUACGUUUGCUGAGGCUACCAGUCUCACACCAGAUCUGUGCUGUCGAGCCAGAGCAGGUAUCUGAUAGUGAGAAGUGCUUGUUCUUGUAGCAAUGGCAACCUCAAUGCUUAUAGGCAGGACAAUGCAUCAAAGGUGCCAGGGUAUGUGUUUGGAGAAGAUGGAUAUGGGUGACUACACAACUUCUUAGGCUAGAAUUAAUGUAGAUUCAGCAAGACUUGUACGUAAGAAAAGUGCUUUUAAUAUGCAACAUUGUUAGUUUUGCUAAAUGCAGCGGAACAAGAAUAACACCAUAUUGUUAAGAAGCAAGGAAUGAGACCGGUGCACCCAAAGGUCUUGUUAAGGGGCAUGGUACACAGGAAAGGUUAGUCCUCAGCAGGCAAUGGAAAACAGGAACUAGUUUCAACUAACACAUACCUGUACAAUAUUCAAUUUUCAAAUAAAGCCUAGGUGCGUCCAGAA